CUUGUUCAGCAACAUCAUAGCAACGGUUCAGCACGGUGAGGAAGGAAAAACCUGUUCUUCUGCGUCUAUUAAAAAAGUUUUUAAAAAUGUCCUACACUAAGUUUGUAGCAGCUCUGGCUAGGGCAAACUCCGGCAAUGUCAAGAACAUCCGAAUUUCACCUGGAAGAUAUCGGUCAACAGUGGCAUCCACCAAGAGUCAAGAGGAGAAAGAGCAGCAGAUAGAUGGCUGCACCGUGGUUGAAGCUGUGCCCGUGGAACUCAUCAGCCAGACCAAAAAUGUCACCGACACACCGCUGAGUAAAAUCCACAUCGACUUCGACAACACCAAGGAAGCCUACAGGAGCAAAGAUAACAUUGAGCUGCUCCGAAGCUUGCUGGUCUUCAAGUUGUGCACGUUUGACUUCCUCGUUGAGAAGAACAAAGAAUUGAUGGACCUGACUAAGAAGUUGCUGGGUCAGUCGAUCUUUAAUAAGCUGAUGAAGAUGACCUUCUAUGGCCAAUUUGUGGCAGGGGAAGACCACAACUCCAUCAAACCGUUAAUUCAGAAGAAUCAGGCCUUUGGUGUCGGAGCAGUUUUGGACUACAGUGUUGAAGAGGACUUGACACAAGAGGAGGCAGAGAAGAAGGAGAUGGAUUCGUGUGUUUCCGAAGCAGAGAAGGAAAGCCCAGAUGCUGCUCAUCGUGAGAGGAAGUACAAGGCCCAUCGUCAGUUUGGGGACCGGCGUGGAGGUGUCAUCAGCGCUCGCACGUACUUCUAUGCAGACGAGGCCAAAUGUGACAACCAAAUGGAGACUUUCUUAAACUGCAUUACAGCCUCCGGUGGAGCCUCUGCUGAUGGAUUUUCUGCCAUCAAAAUGACCGCUCUGGGACGCCCACAUUUCCUUCUCCAGUUUUCAGAAGUCUUGGUAAAGUGGAGACAGUUCUUCAACUUCCUCGCAGCACAACAAGGAAAAUCUGACAUGAUGGUUUUGGAACAAAAACUGGAACUGGAACAACUUCAGGAAAGUUUGACUAAGAUGGGUGUUGGCGCCAAGGAUGAUAUUGAGAAUUGGUUUACUGGAGAGAAACUGGGUUUAUCAGGAACGAUAGAUCUGCUGGACUGGAACAGUUUAAUAAACGAUACAACAAAGAUAUCCAAUCUGCUUAUGGUGCCAAACCUUGAGACAGGUCAGCUGGAACCUUUGUUGAACAAGUUUACAGCAGAGGAGGAGAGACAGAUGAAGCGAAUGCUGCAGCGAGUGGAUGUUCUGGCCAAGCAUGCCAUGCAGAACGGGGUAAGGCUGAUGGUGGAUGCAGAGCAGACGUACUUCCAACCAGCUAUUAGUCGACUAACCCUGGAAAUGCAGAGGAGAUUCAACAGAGAGAAGCCAAUCAUUUUCAACACCUAUCAGUGUUACCUCAAGGACGCGUAUGACAAUGUAACUCUGGAUGUUGAGCUGUCACGGAGGGAGAACUGGUACUUUGGUGCCAAGCUGGUUCGUGGAGCCUACAUGUACCAAGAGAGAGCCAGGGCCCAGGAGAUUGGCUAUGAAGACCCAAUAAACCCAGACUAUGAGGCCACUAACAGGAUGUAUCAUAAGUGUUUGGAGUAUAUGCUGGAAGAGAUCGAAUACAACAGGAAAGCUAAUAUCAUGGUUGCAACUCACAAUGAGGACACAGUGAAAUUCACCCUACAAAAGAUGAAUGAGAUGGACCUUUCCCCCACUGAAAAUAAAGUUUACUUUGGACAGCUGCUGGGAAUGUGUGACCAGAUCAGCUUCCCACUAGGUCAAGCAGGUUUCCCCGUCUACAAGUACGUUCCAUAUGGGCCGGUCAACGAGGUCAUUCCCUAUCUUUCUCGCCGCGCUCAAGAGAACCGCGGCUUCAUGAAGGGAUCCCAGAGAGAGCGCAGCCUGCUGUGGAAGGAGCUGAAACGCAGAGUGCUGGGUGGCCAGAUGUUCUACAAGCCUGUCUACUGAAUCACAAGACAACAACAUACUAACUGCAGUAUAUCUUUAAGCAUUCCACUAACUUAUCUGUACCACUAACUGCUCCUUGUAGAGGAAGAUUCAUAUCCUUCCUUUGGUUGUUAGUUUGCACAGUAGGGGAGAAACAUUGCAAGUGUAUUAUGGUAAUAGUUGUAAAUUACAAGGUGUUGUAAGUGUAUUAUAGUAAUAUUGGAGAUGUCUUUUGCUUGUAAUUUAACAAGGAGGGGUUUAAAACACCACUAAAUCAAUCACUGUGGAGAUUCAUAUGGUGCUCCAUUAACACAGUUUUUAGAUCACCACUGGGUUAUUUAACUGAAAAAACUGACAGAGUAAUCAUCAAAUUCAACACUGCAAAAAAUGUAACGAAAAAUGAUCCUUUUUAAAUAACUUUACCAAACAUUUAUACCUCUAAACACCCAUGAUUUCUCAUGUAUAGGAUGGAGGAUAAGAAACGGUUGUUUUUGAAUGUAUGGUUGCCCAAAGGUGGCUUACUUGUAUAUAAAAGUGGACACUCAGAAGUGCCUUUUGGUUGUUUCCAUGAGAUUAACUGGAGACAGUCAUCUAUUGUACACCUUUUUGUUUUUGUUAAUGCACACUCCUCCAUGGGGAUUGUAAAUUAUGUUUCCUGGUUUUAGGUUUUUAUCUGUUGUUGACUAAAGCAUGCACAGUAAAUGCAGCAUUAGAAACCGGAUGAUGCGCUUUUUGAUCUCUGGUAAUCCUUGCACAUUGAUGUCCUUAAGACAAAGUGCAGAUACUCAAAACUGUGUCCUGAUGUGGAUUUCAGUUGACAUGUGCCAAAUGGUCCUGAUGAACUCCAAAAACGUGCAGUUAUGUGAAUGUUUAAGGGAAACUGUACUGAGUUACUCUGAAGAACACCUGCUCUGUUGCAUAAGCUGCUGUGGAAGGAGGAAACCUGUGGUGUUGAAUUUGUUAUUGUUGAGAAGAGUUCAAAAAGACUAGUUGUGCUGGUAUCUCUGGUUUUAAUGCUGCCCGUAGCAUUUGUAAUACUGUUGCUCAAUGUAGUCUUCUGAAAGAUUGUUUGAAUGAAAGUCAUAAAAAAAUAUGUAAAUUCAAAAUGUUUUAAGGACUGGGAGUGGAAAACUUAAACUUGUAAAACUUGUGAAAGUACUAAAAUGUUAAAUCUGUCACGUUAAGUUAAAAUAUGCAGGCCACUAUUGGAGAUAAGACUGAACUUAAUUAAGUUAGGUUUGCAUUGCAGUAUUUUGCAUUUGAGUUUAUUUUUGUAUGUUUUCUUGAAUGAAUCUUGGUGUUCAUAUGUCUUUUAACAUGAUAUGGUAUAAUGUGAUAAUAUGUUUUUUUGCAGUUGCUUUGAUGUUUUAAUUCUUUUGUUUUGUUCCCUUAUCACUGCUGUAUCAGUAUAUACCAUAUUUUGUACAGUUGUAAAAUAUGUAAUUAAUGGAUUUGGAACAUACAAAUA